AUGAGCCUUUCGCGGUUCUGCCUCAGGAUCACAUUCGAAAAUUCGCCUAUCAGCAUUCUGGCGUUUCUUCUAAAGUUCAAACUCAAGCAAGCCCUGCGAAGAUCGUGCGGGGUGACCGUGUUCCCUUCUCUCCUCACGGUCGGCUCUUGCGCUGCCGGGACGGAGGAAAUCUGCGACGAAUCACUGGACCAGCCAUUGUCCAGCGAUCCGGAGGAGGUUGGUCUGAAGAGUCGAAGCUCGAACUUUCAUGAUGCGACUCGCCGACUCUGGAUGGGAAGAUGCACCUCUCCCCCAACAGCCCACGUAUGUCGAUGUUUGGAACUUGAAAAGAUGGGAGAGUGCCUGCAGGCUUAA